UAGAUGCCGGAAAUGGUUUCACAUGUGUCAACCAACCAGCGGAAUGUGCACCCAGCUGCUUUGAGGUCAUUUUUACUUUAAAAUAAGCUGCAGGAAUGAUUAAAUUAGCAUUGACUGAGUGAUUCUGGAUGUACCUCACCGGCUCCGGUAGAUGAAUCAAUAAGGUGACGUAUUUAUUAUGAAUACGGUCCAUUUAAAGCUCAGGUCCUUCACAGUCUUGUUCCUCUCCGGCAGAUCCCUCUCUGCUGCUCCUCCUCCUUCCACACGCUGUGAGAUUCACUCCCACAGGACUGUGUUUCAGUUUUUCCGAACACUAGCUUCUAAUAAAUAUAACUUUAAUAACAUGGAGACGAAGCAGCCUCCGGGUCAGAAGAAGGCGAGGCAUAAGGAGCCGCUGAGGAGGCUGAAAACCAAAGAGAGCCGGGCCCGAAAGGGGGACCUCCACGGCCCGUCCACGGUGUACGUUCAGGUGGUCGGUGCUGGGAGCAGAGACAACGCUGCGUCCCUUUACGUCUUCUCUGAGUUUAACAGAUAUUUGUUCAACUGUGGUGAAGGAACUCAGAGACUCAUGCAGGAACACAAACUGAGAGCUGCUCGGCUGGACAACAUCUUCCUGACCAGACUGAGCUGGGAGAACGUGGGAGGUUUGUCAGGGAUGAUUUUAACCCUGAAGGACACCGGUGUCCCAGAGUGUGUCCUCUCUGGACCUCCACAGCUGGAGAGCUACCUGAGUGCCAUCAAGUCAUUUUCUGGACCUCUGGAUGACAUCAAGCUGUCGGUCCGUCCAUACACUGCAGACUCGUACACUGACGACACAAUGACGGUUUAUCAAGUCCCCAUAUUUGGAGAGAUGAACGCUGACAGCAGGAACGUCUCCCCCCGGUCAGGCAGAAGCAGCCCGUCCCCGAGUCCUCCAUCUCCCAGGAUAGACGAUGAUUACAUCCAGGAUCACGACCCAGGCAGUCCAGGUAAAAGACAAACGGCAACCAGAGAUCCUUCUUUGGUGGUUGCCUUCAUAUGUAAGCUUCACCCAAAGAAAGGAAACUUCUUAGUGGCUCAGGCCAAAGAGCUCGGUCUGCCCGUAGGCACAGCAGGGAUCGGUCCUCUCAUAGCAGCUCUGAAGGAUGGGCGGAGCGUCACGUAUGAAGGAAAAGAGAUCCGGCCUGAGCAGGUCUGCACUCCCACCGACCCGGGCCCGAUCUUCAUCAUCGCUGAGUGUCCGUCUGAGGAGUUUGUGGAAGCUGUUUGCACCAAUCAGCAGCUCAGAAGGUUCCAAACAGGUGGAGAUGAGGACCCUGCGGCACUCGUGGUCCACAUGACUCCAGAGUCCGUCUUGAAUUCAGACCAGUACAAGAAGUGGAUGGAGAGGUUUCCGUCCUCCACAGAACACUUGAUCCUGAACGAGCACGUGUGUACGGUCCACAACGUCAGGAGCCACAAACUUCAGGCCCAGCUGAAUAUGAUCCACCCUCAGAUCUUUCCAGAACUGCAGUCUUACAAAGCGAAGGAGCCUCAGGCCGGCCUGCACGUCCCAAACGUGCGCGCAGAGUGUCUCCUGAAGUUCCAGCUCCGACCUGUGAUGGAAUGGCAAAGAGACGCCAUCCCCGACUGUAACACGGGAGAGUUUGUGAAGGAGGCGUCUGAGGUCCCAAACUUUCUGCAAGAAGUGAACGAGUGCAUGAGGGUCUGCUCGGACCGCACUUCAGAGACUUCAGGACAAACACAGAAAUACCCGGAGGUGGUUUUCGUAGGAACUGGAUCAGCUCUCCCAAUGAAGAUCAGAAACGUCAGCGGCACUUUGAUUAACAUCAGCUCGUCUCAGUCCCUCCUGCUGGACUGUGGAGAGGGGACGUUCGGUCAGCUCUGCAGACACUACGGGGACGACGUGGACGAAGCUCUGUCCAAGAUCUCCACCGUCUUUAUCUCACACCUGCACGCCGACCACCACACUGGACUGCUGAAGAUGCUGUAUCAGAGGGAGCGAGCGCUGAUGACAUUGGGAAAGGCGUUCAGCCCCGUGUUCCUGGUGGCUCCGACCUCCAUCAUGAGCUGGUUGAACCAGUAUCAUUACAACUGUGAGGAGAUCCUGCACCACAUCAGUCUCAUACCAAACAGGACGUUGAUUGAAGGCGCUGAGCCUCCCAGGCUGAACACUCAAUCAUUCAUCAAAGCUCUGCUGAAAAAGAACGAUCUGGAAGAGUUUCAGACGUGCUUCGUGAGACACUGUAAGAACGCCUUCGCCUGCAGCUUCACGCACCACUCCGGCUGGAAGCUGGCGUUCUCUGGUGACACCAUGCCGUGUGAGGCCUUUGUACAAAUCGGAAAGGACGCCACUUUGGUGAUCCACGAGGCCACGCUGGAAGACGGGCUGGAGGAGGAGGCUGUCGAGAAAAGACACAGCACGACCUCCCAGGCCAUCGGAAUUGGCAUGAAGAUGAACGCUGAUUUCAUCAUGCUGAACCACUUCAGCCAGCGCUACGCCAAGAUCCCUCUGUUCAGUGAGGACUUCACCGACCGGGUGGGGAUAUCAUUCGACCACAUGAAGAUUCGCUUCGGGGACUUUAAAAUCCUCCCCAGCCUCAUUCCGGCGCUGAAAGCCCUUUUUGCAGUCGAGAUCGAAGAGAUGGAAGAGAGGAGAGAAAGGAGAGAGAUGAAACACCCGAGAGGAGGAGGAGGAGGAGGAGGCGGCUUUGAGGUGAACAGCGAGGAGUCGAGGAGCGCAGGAGCUAAAAGAGACCAGGAGGAGGCAGCAGCACACAACGUGGAGACCAAGAGGCUGAAAACCAGCUGAGACUCUGGCUCCAGGGUUUGAUUUGAAAAAUAGACUCGCUCUGAGAGCUUCCUGAGUUCUUUUAUUUAAAGAAGCUGACAUUUUAUUUUCCUGUGUGGAUGAAUUUAAAAACACACAUGUGAGUGUUUGCUGUGUACAAAGCCGAGCUCUGGAUAUAGUUUUUGUUUUUCAUUAAACAGAAUAAAGCGACACCACAGA